AAAACACCAAUUUUUUUAAUAUCUUAAAGAUUAAAAAGUGAUUAGAUUUAUUAAAUUAAUUUAAGUAUUUCUUAUAAACAAACAUAAAAUACAUUUAAGUUAAAAAUGAAUAUAAAUAAGAACAUUAGUUUAUCAUCUAAUUAAAUAGAUAAAUAUGAAAGUAAUAAUAAUAAUCAUAGAGAUGUGAAUAAUCAGAUUUAAAGUUUUAGUUAAAUACAAACUUCUCCUUCUUUAAAAUAUUUGACAUAGAAUACAUUACCAACAAGUCCAUCUAAGGUAUAUCAGUAAAAUAAUAAUCAUUUAGGUCAUAGGCUUAGUAAUAGAAGUAACUAACUUAGGCUUAGUAUAACUAAUAAUGGGGAAAUUUAAUUCUUUUCACCUAGAGGAUCUUAUCCUUCAUAAAAUAAAGUCUAAAAUGCAAACACUUAUCGCCAUUAAGCUUCUAAAUAUUUAAGUUCUUAAAUAGAGUUAUAAAAAUAGCAAGCUUAAUAGUCUGAACUUUAGAUUUACAAUGAGCAUCUUGAAAUAAAAGAAAUGGGCGGAGGUCCAGGAAAUAUUUAGAAAACAACUUAACACUUUUUUUAGAUUAAGAAAGGAAAUCAUAUUCCCUUAAAGUAGAUAAAUGCCAUUUAAAAGAGUUAGAUCUAGAAAUAAUGCCUUACAGAGCAAAGCGAUAUAUAAAAUUCACACUAUUUUUCUAGCAGUAACACUUUUCUUAAAGGAGUUUAUAUGAAUUAAAGAAAUAAUUUAUCAGCUAAUAAUAUCUCGCUGCUAAAAUAGUAAUCUAAAAUAAAUAAUGAAAGAUUGCUAACUGAUUAGUCUGAACUUUUUUAAAGUCCUGCUCAGUAAUAAAACUCUACAAAGAAAUUUCAAACUUAAAAUUCUAUGUAGCUUGAUAAUAAAAAAGAUAAUUCCUCUUUAGAUAAAUUUUCUUUGACUAAAACAAACGCUCAGGAGGAAUAAUAAAACAAAAAAAAGAGCGUUUUAUUAAGAUACAACAGUGGCAAUCAAAAAAAAUUAAUUGCUACCAAUUUUCCAGUAACUAGAUUAUCUAAGGAAAGAUCAAGUCUAGAAGAUAUCUAAAAACAAUAUGAAACUGAAUAUUCAACUUAAAAUCUUCAAACCGAUGAAGGUUUCAAUAAUUACUCUAUCAUAGGUAAUGUGUAGUCUUCGCCAAUGCUCAAAAGAAAGAGCAUAGAAAAAAAUUUACUUUUAAAAUAACAAAUACAAAGUAGCAAUAAUAUUACUGCAGCAGCUGAUGCAGAAAGCAAAAAUAAAGCUAAAAAUGAAAUUAAUCUUUUUUAAAGGAAUAAAUAAAGUUCAGAUAAUUUAAGAAAUAAUAAGAAUGCUAACUCGAAUAUGAAUUCAACAUGUAAUACUUUUAAGUAGCCAAGUGCAUUAAAUAAUUUUUUUAAUACAGCAGUAUCAGCUCCAAAAAAUAAUAGCAAGUUUAAAAGCUCAAAGGCUCUUAAUAGUAGCAAUUCGUAGAAUAAUAUUAUGUAAAGUGACAAGCCUUCUCAUUCAAGGAACAAUAGUCCACUAUAAAACAACAACUUUAGUCCAAAUAAAACAAAUAAUUUUAAUAAUCAGACAUCUGUGAGUAUAAGUAAGUAAAUGUGUUUAGCUGCUACAGAUUAUUAAUUUUAAAAGUAAUUAAGACUUUAAGAGAGAGAGUAAAAAAAAAUAAGAUUUGGCUAAGAAAUGUUUAACAAUUUUUAAACUGAAAUUGAACGUUUAAAAAAAGCUUUUAUUAAUAAACAAGAUCCAGAACCUAUUUUAAAUCAUUAUAAAGUGAAUUAAGAAAUAUGUGAGAAAACAUUGGUCUUAGCAAAUAAAUGCUUAGUAUUUAAAAGAAGUAGAGCACCUCUAGAGACUCUUUUAAGGAUACACAGCAAAUCUAUCGAAUUAAAUAAGCAGCAUCCUAGUUUAUAACUUUUUAUUCUACUUUAAAUUGCCAAAAUAUUUAUUGAAAUUAGCUCUCCAUUAUUAGCUAUUCCUAUUCUCAAGGUAGUUAAAAGAUAGUCAUUUUUAAAUAUGUAAAACGAGUAUCUUAUGAAGUCCUACAGAUCCCUGGCUCAAUGCUAUUGCACUAUUUAAAAAUUCGAAAUUGCAUUCGGCUAUGCAGCCAAAUAUCUUCACUUAAGUUGGACUUGUGAUAGCGCCAACAAUGAGCUCGGUGCAUAUGAAAUGCUUGGAAAAAUUUACUUUUAUUUAGGAGAUGCUAGAAAAUCAGCUUAUUAUCAUAAUAGAAUGGCUAUGAAUAUCAGAGAAGAAGAAACAAGUUCACUGAGAAAAAUGCAGAUUGAGAAUUUAAAGGCACUGCAAAAAAGAAGAUAUGAAAUUAUAGCAGCACGUGAAAUUAAAAAAAACAGAAAAAAAUUGGAAGAUCAAUAAAUAGAUGGAAGUUUAUACAUAAUUUCUUCAGAUGAAGAAAAUGAUUUAAACUAACUCAUUCCAGAAGAAAACAAAGACUUACUUUUAGAUCAUCAAAUUAAUUAGAAUGAUUAACAAAAAAAAAAUCAGCAAGAAUAGCUAUUUAAACUUUAAACUAAAUCAAAAACAUAAAUACCAUUGAGAAAAACACCUAAAUUUGAUAUAAAAUCUGAUAAAGGAUGUCUCAUGGAUACUCAAGUGAAGGCUAAUUAAGAUAUCAGAAUAGAAGCUAAGAAGAGAGAGAAUUUUGAAUAGUUCCUUAAAAAGCCUUAUUAGUAGUUUAUUCAGUACAAAUCUAUCAAGGGUAUAGGCCCUAUGAGAGAUAAACUUUUAGUUUCGCAUAAAAGCUAUAAUAAAAAUCUGUCAAAUUUUUAACUUAGCUAAAUAAACAAGAAAUUGAAAUCAAGUAAUAUAUUUUUCACUUAAAAUGAGCUUGAUGAAAAUCAUUAAAAUAAUGGAGAAAGUCCUGAUUCUUAAAAUGAGUAAAUAUAUAAAAUUAACUAAGAUUAGGAAAUUAAUCAAGAUAUUAAGCAUAACAUUGAGCAAAGUGAGUAUUGGAAAGACUCAAUUGUAAAAAACGUUGAAAAAGCUCUUAAAAAAAUGAUCAAAAAUAUAAAUUAUUUGAGUAUUUUACGUGAAGAGUUAAAGAUUUACCAUGAAGAAAAAUUAAGAGAAAAAACGUUCUUUGAAGUAGAAGAAGACAAUUUCUAGAGCGAAUAAGAGAAAAUCAUCAAAAAGAUGAUGGAGUCAAAAGAAGAAAACUCUGAUCAAUAUUGGUCUCACUUAGUUUGA